AUGGCGUUAAUCGUGGAAAGUGGCCCAAUCCGAAUGCGCGGUGACGUUCACCGGAAAGCAAGCGAGCAGUCGAGAGCGCCAGUGGUGGAGCGUUUGUGGCCACAUUCCGUCCACUGUUUGCUACUUACGGUGCUGCUCGUCGGCACUUGCCUGUCGCGACCGGUCGAGUGCGUUGGAGGUGAAGUGCACGUGCAAGAGUACGCCGUACCUGCCUGGCGGGGCAUGCCGUGCGAGGAUACGCCGACUCUGAAACUGUCAGAACUUGUGACGCAAAGUGAUGUGAUAUUCAAAGCGUUUGCCGGCCACGGAAACGACCUGCUGGAGGCGGCGCUUAAUCGUACGGCGCCGGAACACCGUCGGCAGCAGCAACAACACCACCAUCAGCCACGGUGGAAACCGCAACCCGAUGGCGGUGAGGAUGAUGGCCCGACGGGAACCGCAGAUUUUAUCGUCCGGCUCGAGCCCGGCACCGUCUACAAAGGAAAUGAACUUUUCAAACAGUUGCAGUUAAACAGCUGGAAGCAUUUUUUCAUCCUUCGCAGUAACGGAAGCGUGGAGUACACGCAUCGUGAUGUACCCGUGCAAGGCCAGCCUUUCCCAGGUUCCGAACCAUCGACCCGUCUAGACAGGAAGAUGACUGAUGCAUCCGGCUCCAGGGACUCCAAUCGACGCACUGCAGCACUCUCCGGUACCGACGGCCUUAACCAACGACUCAAUUCUACAACCCGAUGGCACAGCCAACAAGCAACCAAAAGUACGCAGCCAGCUGUUGCGGGUGACUCAUCGGUGAACCAUGCCGGACCUGCUACCAGAGGGUCGGAUAACGUUUCAAUUGGUCCUACCAGCGGCAACCUUGGCUCCAACCGCAAGUGGAAGCCCUCAUCAGCAAGCGAACGUGUCAAUUCGAUCAACGCCAACGCAGCCACCGAGAAGGACGAGUGGCCGAAGGACACACCGAGUGGUUCGGAUGGUGUGCCGGUCGUGCCGGAACCGCAGCAAAAGGAUCUACCUACCGAGGGUCAGAUGGGCCGCGUUCUGAACGAGAUACUGCCUGUUACGCUGAUCGUGUUCGGGCGCCUAUCGCGCCCCGGUGCCGAUGGUGGCGAUAAUUUACUGCGCGUCGAUCCUGCCGUGGGUUUGCUACGGUGGGACGAACGCCUCGAGGAUGCCCUCUGGCAGGCGCUCGGUUGGAGCAAAUGGAGUGACUACACCGGUUGCAGCGUCGCUUGUGGAGUGGGAGUUCAGCAACGUUUCCGCCAUUGUUUGAAAUCACCCACCCCCGGGCAGGUGACGCCAGGAGAAAACCCACAGACGGUUCUUCCUCCAGCUGUAACACCUUCAACGGCAGCCACGCAACCGUGGGCCCGUAGCAGUGAAAUUGAAAACCACACUCCACAAACACCCAACGGCAGCCAGUCACAGGGAAAAGAACGUACGCAGCCAGUCCCGUUGUACGAGCCACCAGGCGUCUCCAUUUCAUUACGCGCCGGCAGCAAAUCGAAAAGGAAACUCAAACCAAAACAAACCCCCGGGAAACGUGAUGAAAACGCUGUAAUGAACCCGACAACGGGUGAAUCCAUUUCAUCGGAAACCAUCGUAACUGGCCCAGCGCUUGAGCAACCAGACGCGGAGACAUCGCACGAGUACAGCUCGCGGAUGGUUGCUGAGACCGACCGGGGCACGUGGCCGUUCUGCGAAGGGCACAAUAUCGAGCAGCGAAGCUGUAACAUGUUCGAAUGCACCGGCACGAUCGACCUGUUGAUGGCCCAAGCAUCGAACGAACGUUGGAGAGCCUGGCGUGAAGGCGUCGACGAUCGGAUUAACUACGAAAUCAACCAACUGGAGCAAAAUUUUACGCUCAUGAUGAGUUUACGUCUGAAGCCUUCUCACGGUGGUCAGCUGAGGCAACAGCAAGCGGACAUCGACUCCGAAGCGUCUUCUUCAUCGUCCACCUCACCAGGACCUGGACACAUCCUUUCGAUCCGUUCGAAGCUAACGACCGGCUCAAGUUUGUCGAUAAAUUUUGAAACCGAUGGCCACGGUGGACUUCGGGUGCUGCAAGAAAAGUACGGCCUCUCGGAAAUGCUACCAAUUCGAUCCACCGACCAACUACUGCUCGAUGGUGACUGGCACUCGCUGUCGUUGAGCGGACGAAAUGGUGGCUUCGUGACGGUACACAUCGAUUGUCGGUGGGUGAAUUCGUUUAUGCUGACGAAAGGUUCGAUCGAACUGCCACAAUAUCCGAUGGUUGAGGUUGGACGUGAUUUCGAGCUGCGUCAGCUGACAGUGGUGCCGGGUGAAAAAUCAGCCCGACUUCAGUGCGAUGCGCAACCGGUUUCGAUACGAGAUGUUGAGAAUCUGCAGGUGACGAAUUACUUCGAACAUCUCAACUAAAGGGUCUGGAGCUCGCUCCGAGCGCGCCAAUAUCAAACGCAACACGUCCACGUACUAUUUAUAGUGCUUUUUGCUGUAAGAACUAACCGAAGUAUUGUCGAAACUGAUGAGAUAAAAAGAGAUACAGCGAGGUACAGAGUGGAAGAGAAUAAGAAAAAUGGUGAAGGAUUAUUAGAGAAGGAAAUCAGAAGAACGAAAGACAAUAGUUUAAAGCGAAGAAUGUCAGUUAUUGCAGUUCACAAAUUUCGAUGCGAAAGCGACGACUGAGGCAUUUUCCUUGUGCGAGAACAAGAUGAAAAACAGCUACAAGCUUGCAAUGCUGCAUCUCUUGCCGGUUGAAUAUAUCAUUAAAUAUGCAACGCUAACAGAAUCAAACACAACACGGGAACGGAAUACAAUAAAACAAUACUGUCACCAAACUUGGCCAUGCUGACAAGCGUUUGUGAACAUUUGUGUAGCCUACGGUGAAGUGUAUUUAGUUUAAUUAUGUUUUGUAACAUUUUUGACACUAGAGUGGAUUGAUUUUUUUGUUUCUAUAACAGCGAAUCUGCAUGACCAAAGCUGGCUGAAGUAGUACACAAUAGAUCGAGAAACUUCUAGCUCACAGAUAGGCAACUAUAUAUUGUAAAGCGAGGCAGAAUACACGCCGGGAUAUAAUAAGUAGCAAGAACCGGGCGCUGUAGAACUAUAGUUAGUACAGGGAAUAUUGUGGAAUAGCGGGAAAUUGUGAGAAUUUAGAUUUCAAAACUUGUAUAAACGGAGGGCGUAUUUAUUUCGGCUAUAAUGUAUGUUUUUCUUUAGACAAACAAAACUCGCAUACACUUUGGUAAUUGGAAAUGUUGCUAGACGAAUUAAAUAAAUAAU